AUGGCAGCGGCAAUGCAACAACAACAGGACACGUUCGCACGGCAACAGCAAGACAUGCAUGCAUUGAUGAUGGAGACUUUACGGAGUAGGGAUCGUCGAGAGUCGUCACGAGAUAGAGAGGGUCGAAGUGCAGAUAUCUUUGAACGAUUUCAAAGGCUUCGCCCGCCCACGUUCGAAGGGGCGCCAGAUCCGGUGAAGGCGGAACACUGGCUGGCAAGAAUCACUAAGCUAAUGCGGCCCCUGGAGUGUUCUGAUUCGCAAAUGGUGACCUUAGCUACCUAUCUGUUAGAAGGAGAAGCAGAAAACUGGUGGCAGAGUGUGCAGCGGGGUGUUCCAGCCACGUACGCCUGGACAUGGGCAGGCUUCCGAGAAAAAUUCCUGGAAAAGUAUUUUCCUCGGUCAUGUAGGAACGAGAAAAUAGCCCAGUUCUUGAAGCUGGAACAGGGUAGUAUGACUGUUGCCCAAUACGAGGCUAGAUUUGACGAACUCUCCCGUUUCAUGCCUAAGGCCCUGGAAGAUAUGGAAUACAAGCUACAAAAGUUCAAGGAAGGACUCAGGCCAGGUAUUCAGUCACGGCUAUGCGCCUGGGAUUUCGGAGAUUUUGCAGAACUAGUGGACAAAGCCAUGCGGGUAGAAAAAGAUUUUGAACGCACUAUGAGGACUCGCUCUCUAGUGAGCGGCACCCUAGUCAGGCCUAGGCAGGCACCUUCCGCUCCACUAAUACCAGAGAAAAAGAACAGAGUCAUACCUGCGGGCACUCCAAUCAUGCCUCCCACGAGGAAUUGUGAUUACUGCCACAAAGCUGGACAUUUUGCGCGAAAUUGUUUCAAGAAAAUGAAGGACGAAGGCAUCACUCCACCGGCAAAUCGCCCUUCAGCCGGGUCCAGUAACAACCAAGGUGGCACCUUGGCAGCAGCCGCCUAG